AUGCCCCCCAAGAAGGUCGCCCGUCCUGCCCAGGAGAACAUCUCCCUCGGCCCCCAGGUUCGCGAGGGUGAACUUGUCUUUGGCGUUGCGAGAAUCUUCGCCUCGUUCAACGACACCUUCGUCCACGUCACCGAUCUGAGUGGCCGCGAAACCAUCUGCCGUGUUACCGGUGGUAUGAAGGUCAAGGCCGAUCGUGAUGAGUCCUCUCCCUACGCUGCCAUGUUGGCUGCUCAGGACGUUGCGGCCCGCUGCAAGGAGCUCGGCAUCACUGCCCUCCACAUCAAGAUCCGUGCCACUGGUGGUAACGGUACCAAGACUCCCGGCCCCGGUGCCCAGUCCGCUCUCCGUGCCCUUGCCCGCUCCGGCAUGAAGAUCGGCCGCAUUGAGGACGUUACCCCCACUCCCUCCGACUCUACUCGCCGCAAGGGUGGUCGCCGUGGUCGCCGUCUCUAA